AUGGAUUUGCUCUCGCCGUCCUGUUGCAGAUUGUGCCUUAAUAAUCCACAGGCAGAAUCGCUUGUUUUUUCUGUUUUCGAUACCUUCCAAGGGAAUGUUCUGUCGCAGCUAAUCGAUGAGUUGUUUGUAAUAAAGGUUUUAGAAAACGAUCGGCUGCUAUCGCUUUGCCUCGAGUGCGUGAAUCGUAUAAAUACGGUGCACAAGAUCAAGCAACUGUUCGUAGAAAAUGAUCGCAAGUUACGCGAAUUACACCAAACCAGUCAGCCCUCGGUCGGAGCAUUUGUGGAAGAGCUCGUCUAUACUGCCUUUGCUUCCGACACUUUGGACAAUGCGAACAUCGAAGUCGGAGGGUCAGCGCUUAGCCAAGCAAUUGAAACUGUUCCAAAUAAUCAAUCGGGAGGUGCAUCUUCUCAAAAAUGUACCACUGAUGAUCGCACAUUCACCGAUGAGGAAACAAACGAUGCUACCACAGAUCUGCACUGUGAUGCGGAUGUUAAGGGUGAACCGAUUCAUGAAAAUCAACCCACCGUCACUAAAAUCGAUUGCCCUGCUUCUCUGUCACUGAUCCAGUUGCCCCGAUACAAGUGCUACUUUUGUGGAGUCACGUUCGAAAGCUCGUUGCAGUUUACCCACCAUAUGCCGAGCCACUUUACCGAUGUGCCAUACACCUGCACGGAAUGUGAUGGGUUGGUGUUUAAAACGGUACGGGAAGCGAGCAAACACAUUUCGUACCACGACGCAAACGAACGUCCGUUCCAGUGCCGCAUCUGUACGCUUCGGUUUUCCACGCGCAUCAACAGCCUUACCCAUGAACGGAAAAUGCAUCGCUAUAAGCUGAAACGAAUGGAACGAAAGCAGGGGAAUAAUGGACACGCGAAACGAAAAGUGCCCGACAAACGCAACAAACCGAACAACAUCAAAGCGUCGUCAAAAGCGGCAGAAAAGCUCGCACAAUAUGGGUGUGAAAUUUGUGGGCGAAAGUUUACGGCGAAGAAAAAUUAUACCCGCCAUCUUAUGAUACACACCGGGGAAAAACCGUACAAGUGUGAUCGUUGCGAUCGAUCGUACCGACAAUCAGGGGAGCUUAAGAAACAUCGAACCAUCCAACACAUGUGCAACAAGCAGCCCACCGGCAAAGGGAAGCAAACGAACGGCAAGGCAACAGUGGCCAAUACUCGUUCCGGUUCCGCUGGCUUUCCGAAUAAAAGAAGCACCGUGAAACGGGUGCCUUCGCGAUAA